AUGGCGUCCAAGAACGCCCUGCUGGGCAGCUUGCUCCUGAUCCUACUUUCGUCCGUCGCGGCAACCCCUACUUCAAACUCCGGCAAUGCCGAGACGGACGCGCUGAUGGAGCUCAAGGCGGCGCUGGACCCGUCGGGGCGCGCGCCGGCGCUGGCGUCGUGGGCGCGCGGCGGGGAUCCGUGCGGCCGCGGGGACUACUUCGAGGGCGUCUCCUGCGACGCUCGCGGGAGGGUCUCCGUCGUCUCUCUGCAGGGGAGGGGGCUCUCCGGGAGCGUCUCGCCGGCGGUGGCGAUGCUCCCGGGACUCACCGGGCUGUAUCUGCACUACAACGAGCUGAGAGGGGCGAUCCCGCGCGAACUCGGCGACCUCCCCGAGCUCUCGGAGCUCUACCUCGGCGUAAAUAAGCUCUCCGGGAGCAUCCCCGUCGAGCUCGGCCGCCUCCGUCGCCUCCAAGUGCUGCAGCUCGGCUACAACCAGCUCUCAGGGAGCAUCCCAACUCAGUUGGGUGAGCUGAAGCAGCUCACUGUUCUUGCCCUUCAGUCCAACCACCUUACCGGCGCGAUACCAGCAUCUCUGGGAGACUUGCAGGAGUUGACACGGCUGGACUUGAGCUCCAAUCGCCUGUUUGGCUCCAUCCCUUCCAAGCUUGCCGGUAUCCCACAGCUUGCAACACUGGACCUCCGUAACAAUACACUUUCAGGAAGUGUUCCUUCCGGUCUGAAGAAAUUGCAUCAGGGAUUUAGGUUUGACAACAAUUUAGAGCUUUGCGGGUCUCAUUUUGAUUCUCUGAAAGCCUGUCCUGACGGCGACGCCAGCACUGAUGAUCAAAUGCCGCAUAAACCUGAACCAACCUCUAUCAAGCCACAGCAAAUUCCACAAACAACCAGUCUGAACAAAAACUGCGACAAUGGCGCCUGCUCGAGACCGUCGACGCUCUCUUCAGGGGCUGUUCUUGCUGGAACAAUCAUAAUUGUAGCCGGAGUCGCGGCCUGUGGUCUGUCCGUGUUCUCGUGGCACCGCCGGCAGAAGCAGAAGGUUGGUAGCUCUGUUGAAUACUUGGAAGGCAGGCUUAGCCGGGACCAACAGAAGGAAACAUGUCAGAAGAGUGGCUCGGCCUCCUCACUGAUCAAUGUUGAGUACUCGAGUGGCUGGGACACCUCGUCCGAGGGAUCGCAGCAAGGAGUAAGGCUAUCUCCAGAGGGCUCACCGAGCGUCAGGUUCAACCUAGAAGAGGUAGAAUGUGCGACGCAGUACUUCUCUGACAUCAAUCUGCUAGGCAAGAGCACUUUCACGGCGACACAUAGAGGGAUAAUGCGGGAUGGCUCGGUCGUCGCCGUCAAGAGCAUCAACAAGAGCAGCUGCAAGUCCGAGGAGGCCGACUUCUUGAAAGGGCUCCGUGCGCUUACAUCGCUGCGACACGAGAACCUUGUUGGACUGAGAGGCUUCUGUCGGUCCCGGGCCAGAGGGGAGUGCUUCCUCGUCUACGAAUUCAUGUCGAACGGUAGCCUCUCUCGGUACUUGGAUAUCAAGGAUGGCAGCGCCGAUAGGAUGGUCCUCGAAUGGGCUACUCGGGUCUCCAUCAUCAAAGGCAUUGCCAAAGGAAUUGACUACCUGCACAGCAGCAAACCAAGCAAGCCUCAUGUCGUCCACCAGAACAUCUCGGCAGACAAGGUGCUGGUGGACCACCUGUUCGUGCCCCGCCUCUCCGGCUCGGGCGUGCACAAGCUCCUCGCCGACGACGUGGUCUUCUCCACGCUCAAGGGCAGCGCCGCCAUGGGGUACUUGGCGCCCGAGUACACGACCACCGGCCGGUUCACGGACAAGAGCGACGUGUACGCCUUCGGGGUGGUUGUGUUCCAGGUGCUCACGGGGAAGAAGGCGGUCUCACAGCACCUCCUACGCUCCCCUGUCGGCGGCCAAGAGUCCGGCGGUGGCGCCAAGCUUGACGACGUCGUGGACCCGCGCCUCGGGGGCAGGUUCUCUAGGCCCGAGGCGGCGAAGCUGGUCGGGAUCGCGCUGCUGUGCACCAGCGAGGCACCAGGCCAGCGACCGGCCAUGGCUGCGGUGCUGCAGCAGCUCGGCGCCAGCCAGUGA